AUGCUGGCCUACCUCACUAGUGGUGAGAGUUUUAGUAUCACACCACCACCUGUACCAGAGGCUGUUGACGUGCUACCUACUGCUAAAUCCUCAUUACCAGCUGGGAGGCCAGCACGGGUGCCGUCAACCUCAAGAUUCCUGAAUCCCUGUGUAGUGUGUUUUGUUGUUGUGGCGGGGGUGGUAAUCUUGGCAGUAACCGUAGCCCUACUCAUCUACUUUUUAGCUUUUGAUCAAAAGUCUUACUUUUACCAUAGCAGCUUUAAAAUCCUAAAUGUCAAAUAUAGUAAUCAGUUAAAUUCACCAGGUACACAGGAAUAUAGGGCUUUGAGUGGAAGAAUUGAAUCUAUGAUUACUAAAACAUUCAAAGAAUCAAAUUUAAGAAGUCAGUUCAUCAGAGCUCAUGUUGUCAAACUGAGGCAGGAGGGUAAUGGUGUGAUAGCAGAUGUUGUCAUGAAAUUUAAAUUCACUAGAAAUAACAAUGGAGCAUCAAUGAAAAGCAGAAUUGAGUCUGUUUUACACCAAAUUCUGAAUAACUCUGGAAACUUGGAAAUAAACCCUUCGACUGAGAUAACAUCACUUACUGACCAGGAUACAGUAAAUAUUUUCACUGAAGGCUGUGGGGCCCGUCCAGACCUAAUAACUUUGUCUGAGGAGAGGAUCACAGGAGGCACUCAGGCUGAGGAAGGAGACUGGCCAUGGCAAGUCAGUCUACAGGUGAAUAAUGUUCACCACUGUGGCGGCAUCCUGAUCAGCAGCAUGUGGAUCCUGACAGCAGCUCACUGCUUCAGAAGCCAAUCUAAUCCUCGUGUAUGGACUGCCACCUUUGGUGUUUCGAUAACAUUUCCUAAACAGAGAAGAAGAGUAAGGACUAUUUUAAUCCAUAACAAUUAUAACCCUGCAACUCAUGAAAAUGAUAUUGCAGCUAUGCAACUUGAUGGAGGCAUCAAUUUUACCAAAGAUAUCCAUAGGGUGUGUCUCCCAGGGGCUACCCAGAAUAUUCCACCUGGUUCUUCUGCUUAUGUGACAGGAUGGGGAUCUUCAGAAUUUGGUGGUAACACGGUUUCAGAUCUACGGCAAGCACGGGUCAGAAUAAUAAGUAAUGACGUAUGUAAUGCACCAAUUAGUUAUAAUGGAGCCGUCUCGCCUGGAAUGCUAUGUGCGGGUGUACCUCAAGGUGGAGUGGAUGCAUGCCGGGGUGACUCUGGUGGCCCACUCAUUCAAGAGGACUCACGGCGGCUUUGGUUCCUCGUGGGGAUAGUAAGCUGGGGGGAUCAAUGCGGUCUGCCAGAUAAGCCAGGAGUGUAUACCCGAGUGACAGCCUAUCGUGACUGGAUAACUGAAAAAACUGGGGUCUAG